UCGGUUUUCCAAUUAUUCGGCUUUUCGACUCUCGAUCUUUUGAUUUUUCGAUAUCUCGAUGUCUCAGUUUUUGAAUUUCUCGAUGUUCCCAUUUUUUGAUUCGUCGAUUUUGCAAUUUUUAAUUUUUCGGAUUAUCGAUUUUUGAAAUUUCCAAUUUUUUAAAUUGUCGAGUUUCGAUUUCUCGAUUUUUCGAUUUUUCAGUUCUUUAAUAUUUUUUAAUUUUUUAAAUUUUGACGUUUCUGAAUUUCCAGUCCUCCCAAUUAUCAAUUAGUCUAUUUUUUGAUUUUCCCAUUUCUCGACUUCCCCAAGUUUCGAUUUUUUCAUUUCUUCAAUUUUUCGAUUUUUCAGGUUUUUUGAUUUUUUUAGCUUACAACUUUUCGACUUUGCUUUUUAGUUUUCCGAUUUCUCAGUUUUCCAAUUUUUUUAAUUCUCACAUUUUUGGAUAUUUCUUUCAGUUUUGGGGUUUUUCAACAUAAUUUUUGAAAUCUCAAUUUAUGGAGAAUCGGAUGUUUCGAUGUUUUGAUUGCUUAAUCUCUCAAUUUAUCAAUUUUUCCAUUUUUAACUUUUGGAUUUUGGUCUAUUUCGAUUUCUCAAUUUUUCGAUUUUUCGACUUCUCGACUUUUCGACUCCUCGAUUUCUCGAUUUCUCGGUGUCUCAGUUUUUGAAUUUUUCCAUAUUUCGAUUUCUGAAUUAUCCGAUUUUUCAAUUUUCCAAUUUCUUUAAAUUUUCGAGUUUUGAUUUCCCGAUUUGUUGAAUUUUAUAUUUUCGAAUUUUUAUUUUUAUGAUUUCCCUAUUUUUCAGUGUUUUAAAUUCUAGAUUUUUAGAUUUUUCGGUUUUUUAGUUCAACAUUUUUAAAUUUUGGCGUUUCUGAAGUCAGACUAAUUCAAUAAUCAUCCGAUUUCUCAAUUAGUCUAUUUUUUGAUUUUCCCAUUUCUGGACUUUCCAAAAUUUCAAUUUUUCUGUUCAGUUCUUCAUUUUUUCGAUUAAAUUUACAAUUUUUCAACUUUGCUUUUGACUUUUCGAUUUUUCAUUUUUUUUAAUUUCCUAAUUUUUGGAUAUCUCGUCCAAUUUUGUAAGUUUUUAGCUUUCCGAUUCUUCAAUGUUUCUUCUAUUUUUCAAGUUUUGAGAUUUUUUAGUAUUUCGACUUUUGGAUUUUUCGAUUUCUCGACUUUUUACUUUUUGGUUUUACAAUUUUUCGUUUUAUAAACUUUCUGUUUUUCAACUUUUCAAUUUUCGAUUUUCCAAUUAUCCGAUUGUUCAAUUCACAAUUAAAGAAUUAAUUCUUAGUUAAACGAAAAAAUAGUUGAACGUCAAAAUCGAGUGAAACAUGUGAGAAAUUCUAAACGCUUAAAGUCGACUUUGGCUUGAGCGCGCUCCGGUCUGUGGAUCAAACAAGUUCUCAGGCGACGAUAUAAUGCCAAAUUUCUCUGCUUUAGAUAUAGUUAUGAUCUACUUUCUGUGCUUCAUUUAAUGACGGAUCGUGGUACUAAGACCAACUGGGGAGAGUUUUGGAGUCGCAUGGGUACUCCGUUGACAAGAUUGAAGGAGUGUAUUUUGGAUAGUUAUUUUUGUGUGUUUAUUCUCUUCAAACCAAGCGUGUAGUAAAUGUUGCCUACCCACUCGCACCUAACCAAGUGAAAGUAAACCUCAUUUUAAUCAGUGAUGUGGUUCGUGGAAUGCGGACCCGCUAAUGCACACAAAUUAACACUCCAACAAUUCUAGGCUAGUAACAACUGAUUCAUGUGUUAUUAUCAUGAUCCCCGUUAUCGCCACUCAAAGUGACUUUUUAAAAACCAAACUGUGUCAAAAAUGACCACACUAACCCGCGACGAGUGUGACCUCAUAGUCAAAAAACACCUUGACACUGACGACGUUAUUGUCUCCGACUUCGAACUACAACCACUAGGGGGCGAAAACUUCGAACUCAAGAUCAACAUCUACGAGAAACAAGUAGCCAAAAGUGUGACAUUCUUUGUCAAAACGGGUCCAAACGUAGCGCAAACCUUGGACACAAAUUUUUCCCCGAAACUCUACCUCAAAAAAGACGACCUAGCCGUCUAUGAACAUCUAGGGCAAAAUUUUGAAAACCGUGGACGCCUACUGAACACCGAAGAGCUACAAAUCGUUCUAAAAACAUUGGCGGCGUUCCAUGCAUCAAACUUCGUCUCUGAGCUAGAUCACUCGAAUUUUGAUCUAUCGUCACCCGCGGUCACAAGUUUGUUGUCGUCGCUGCUAGAAAAUGAAGCCCAGGUGUCCAAAACCAUCAAAAAUCUGCGCCAAAAACAACUCGAGUCGAAAUUCAAACGAACUCUGUGUCACGGCAACCUGACUAAUCGAAACUUGAUGUUCAAAAACAACAAAGGGGCUGUGACUGAUUGUAGAUUGUUGAACUUCACAGCUAAUUUCUGCGUACCUCCAAUCUACGACGUUCUUCAGUUGAUUUUCUUCAAUACGAGCGAAGAUUUGAGGCAGAGUCACUUCCAGGCUUUGCUCGAUUAUUACUAUGAGUGUUUGAAAGAAGAAACGACGAAGGGUGGCUUGGACGUCACUGUCGACGAUUUUCGAUUAAGUGCCCAUUAUUAUCUACCUGUGGUUAAAUUACAAGCUGCGCUUCACCACCAAAACGCGACUAGUGUACAAGAAUUGAAAGAAAGUCUAGCUUAUCCGUUGCUUUCCAAAGAAGAUUGUUAUGUGAUUGUCAAAAAUAAAAUCAGAACUACCAACUACCAGUUUCUGUGUUAUAAAGUGACACCGCUGAGUGAUGUUAGUGGAUUUUUGGGUCAAUACCACAAACUACAGAUCAAAAUUCGUCUUCAGUUGGACGAAACGACUGUCAAUUGCUUCAUUAAAUCAGUCCCAAGACUCGGUAUUUCUAUGGACAUUGCCAACGAUCUUAACAGUUUUUCAAGAGAAUUCUUCGUCUAUGAAACAAUAGUCGCACAAAUGCUAAACCACGAAAUCAACAUCAUCAACGACUGUAUACCACCAUGCUACUUUUACAGACCCAAAGAGUUCAUGCUCUUUGAAGACAUGGCUCUUCUCGGCUACCAAAAUUUAGACGCUAUGGAACCUCUAAAUUUCAACAUGCUCACUUUGUUGGUCAAAACGUUGGCCAAAUUUCACGCUUGUUCUCUCCUUCUUGAAGAAAAAAUCUCUCAAAAUGAAGGAAAACCCUACUCUUUGUACAACUCCUACAAAGAAUAUUUCACCGAACCCCUGUUCUUCGAGGACGAGAAACACAGAGGUGCCAGACAGUCAGCAACUGGACUCAAAGCAGUCCUAGCCGCCGUCAAACUCUUACCAGACAUCCAAACCCCAACAAACCAACGCAACUUUGACUCACUUUGGCCAAAUUCAGAGAGUUGUACUACACAGUGGCCAGACCCUCGGACCGUUUUCGGAACGUGUUGUGUCAUGGAGAUCUGUGGACCAGCAACAUGAUGGUCAAAUACGAAGACGGCGAAGCUGCCAAAUGUGUCUUGUUUGAUUUCCAAAUUGUUAGAUAUUGUCCUCCUGUUUAUGAUCUGCUUUCGGUGCUUUAUUUAACCACACAUCGUUCCACAAGACUGAAGUAUGAAGAUGAACUCGUUCGAACUUACUACGAUGAAUUGGGGCGGAUUCUGAAGUCGUAUGGGGUCGAUGUUGGGGAUUUUUAUUCGUAUGGGGAUUUUCUGGAGUGUCUUAAUUAUAUCAGGCCUCAUAUGUUGAUGCAUGCGGCGUACGAAUGUACGCAGACCAUGUGCACUCCCGAAGAAAUUUCGGCCUUUGUGAGCGAUGAAGAAGCAUUAAACCAAAUGUUUUUUGGAGAUCGCACCGAGUUUAUGACGGUCAUGUGUGAAAAAUCUGAGUUGUAUAGAAACAGACUGAAGGAAUGUAUCUUGGAUAUUUAUGAUUACUGUAAUUCUAUGUGUGGUAAAUAAAUCUGACUUAUUUUGUUUGUAUCA